AUGCAUCUCCCUGUGAUUCUGUUUUGCGCUCUCUGGUCUGCAGUAUCGGCGGAGAACUCAGAUGAUUAUGAGCUCAUGUAUGUGAAUUUGGACAACGAGAUAGACAAUGGACUCCAUCCCACUGAGGACCCCACGCCGUGCGACUGCAGUCGUGAGAACUCCGAGUGGGACAAGCUCUUCAUCAUGCUGGAGAACUCGCAGAUGCGGGAGGACAUGCUCCUCCAGGCCACCGACGACGUGCUCCGGGGCGAGCUGCAGAAGCUGCGGGCCGAGCUGGGCCGGCUGGCGGGCAGCCUGCAGAAGCCGUGCGCUCCGGAGGGCCCCGCCGAGGCCAGGCUGGCCCGGGCGCUGGACGAGCUGUUGCAGGCGAGCCAGAAUGCGGGCCGCCGGCUGGCUCGCCUGGAAGAGGCCUGGGCGCCGCGGCCGCAGGAGGAGGCGUGGCGGGCCCUGGGUACCGUGCUGGAGGAGCUGCGGCGGACGCGGGCCGACCUCCGAGCUGUGCAAGGCUGGGCAGCCAGCCGCUGGCUGCCGGCAGGUUGUGAAACAGCCAUUUUAUUCCCCAUGCGUUCCAAGAAGAUUUUUGCAAGCGUGCAUCCAGUGACACCUAUGAAACUUGAGACUUUCAGUGCCUGCAUUUGGGUCAAAGCCACAGAAGUAUUAAACAAAACAGUCCUGUUUUCCUAUGGCACAAAGAGGAAUCCAUAUGAGAUCCAGCUCUACCUCAGCUAUCAGUCCAUAACGCUUGUGGUGGGUGGAGAGGAAAACAGACUGGUCGCUGAUGCUGUGAUUUCCCUAGGAACGUGGACCCAUCUGUGCGGCACCUGGAAUUCAAAGAAAGGGAACAUGACCUUGUGGGUGAACGGUGACUUGGUGGCCACCGCUGUCGAUAUGGCCACAGGUCACAUGGUUCCUGAGGGAGGAAUCCUGCAGAUUGGGCAAGAAAAGAAUGGCUGCUGCGUGGGUGGUGGCUUUGAUGAAACAUUAGCCUUUUCUGGCAGACUCACAGGCUUCAAUAUCUGGGAUAGUGUUCUCAGCAACGAAGAGAUAAGAGGGGCCGGAGGAGCAGAGUCCUGUCACAUCCGGGGCAAUGUGGUUGGGUGGGGAGUCACAGAGAUUCAGCCCCACGGGGGAGCACAGUAUGUUUCUUAA